CUAAUCAAUUGCAGAAUCGUAUACCUGUCACCUGGUCAUCAUACGUGAAAAUAAAGUCAUGCUACGAAAUUGUAGGACCUGUUGUUUUUUUUAAAAUGUCAAACUUCCCUGCAAUUACAGAUUACAUGUUCAUAUAAUGGAUUAAAGUGGGCCUAGGGCAGUUGGUUUUUAAAUUAUAUGGUCUUAGGCAAGUAGGUGACUAGAUAUUGCUUGCGUUUUUCCGUCAACCUCAACAAUAAUCAGGAAAAAAUUAUGGUAGAAAUUUUAGACGAUGGGAUUACCUGCUAGCCUAAACUAUCCAAAAUAAGAAGCAAUGAACAAAAGGAGGUUAGUUAGACAUGGUAUUUGUAUUAUUAUGAGGAGGGUGGCAUGGGUUGGUGGAACAACCAUUGCUGCCAAGAGACUUGCUGCAAGUCUAAAUGGAAGAGAGAAUUGUUUUGGCUUAUUUUAUUGGUAUGUAUUUUGUGUUCUCAAUUAAACAUGAUUUAUAUUAAUCUAACAUAGAACAACCUAGUAACCCAAGAAGAAGAAGACGCAGAAGAAGAAAGAUAACGCAGGAGCCAUGUGCUGUUGUUGCUGUGAGGAUUGUGAAUGCAGGCCUUUGGGCUUUCUCCUGGGUCUGCCCUUCGCCUUCUUGUCCCUUCUUCUCUCCCUCAUCGGUGUCAUCAUCUGGAUUGUCGGGUUAGUGUUGACAUGCGUAUGCCCGUGUUGCUUGUGUGUGACGGUGAUAGUGGAGCUAGCACUGGGGUUAAUCAAGGCUCCUUUUCUCGUCAUGAAGUGGUUCACAGAACAAAUUCCGUGUUAGAUUGCGAUCUAGCUAGUCUGUGUUCAAUGAUCAUCACCUUCAUCUUCUUCUACCUUUGUUGCUAAUUCUACAAUUUGUUUCUCCUUGGAUGUUUUGUUGGUAAUCCGUGUUGGAUGUUUCUUCAAUUGAAUAUAUGAAAAGAAAAGGCUGGAUUCUUUGAAGUUGGUUUGUGGUUGUGUUUAAUGCAUUUUGGCUUUUUUAGGAGAAAAAGAGAAUUUCCCCUUAUC